GGACAGGCGUGUAACUUACCAUCAGGCGCACGACUUAUUCGUCCCGCCAUUGCAUAUUAUAAAAAAAGGUAACUGGUGUGGAUAUCCAGUAUAUGAAUAUUAUUACCUUAGUCGCUUAAGUGGCAGCUUUGGUGUUAUUAGCUCUAAGGGUUGUGAUUACAUCCACAUCAUUACACUCCAUGAUUCAUUAAGUGCUAACACUACAUUUAUCUCCAGGCUACGCUGCUGAAUGGGACGAGGGUCUAAAACAGUAUAUUGAAGACAGGAAACGGCCAAAGACGGGCCAAGCGUACGGCGCGAGAUAUGUCGGGUCCAUGGUUGCCGAUGUGCACAGAACUAUCAAAUACGGGGGCAUCUUUAUGUACCCUGCUACAAAAUCGUCGCCUAAUGGCAAGCUCCGUCUUCUCUAUGAAUGCAACCCAAUGUCGUUCAUAGUAACAGAAGCGGGAGGAAUGGCCACCAACGGCAAGAUCCCCAUCCUGGACAUCCAGCCAACAUCUAUUCAUCAACGCGCACCAUGCUACCUCGGUUCCAAGAAAGACAUUGAAGAACUAUUGUCCUACUUGAAGUGAUUUUAAAAUUAUGUACACAAAGCCACAUAUUAAAGUAUACAUACUGUAUUUUUUUUUCAAUAAAGGUUGAACAAAGCGGUGCGGCAUUGAGGACUCCUGAGUACCGAACGUCGUUACGCAGUGUAAUU